UUUCGCCAACACUGUGCAGGAUGGAGAGGAUGGAGGAGGCUGCGGCAAAAGAAAUCACCGAUGAAGUCGACGAUUUAAUACGAAUUGUCGAAGAUCUGAAGAUCAGAUCUGUCGUGCCUAGUUUGCUGGAGUCGUCCUUCUCCAAACUGCUGGAACUAAAAAGCCGGCUGAGACGGGAAGAGAUAUCGAGGGAGACCGCGAACAAAGAAGUUCUACAGGACUUGGCAAAGAUUGUUCUGGAUGUCACAUACUGCCGAGAAAACAGACUUGCUGACAACGAUUUUUCAGACAGUGAUUCUCUAGAACGAGUCCAUGCCAUAAUCCGUAGCCUGGAACAUGUAGAAAACAUCACUAAGCACAUGGGAUUCAGCACGGUGGUCGAAGGCCUCGGCGAGGAGCUUGCCGAGUGCAUAGAAUGGCGGAAGGGGGGACUAGUCUACAUGUUCUGCCAGAGCAAGGAGGGAGACGACGACCACAGUUGGCUAACGGCCAACCAGGAGACUUUUUUUGCUCUGCUGCAGCAAGGUGUGCAGCACCUCACGGCAAUGCUCAAUGUUCGUCGCCCACUGAGCGCUGAAGAUGUCACAGUGCUGUCUGGCCAGACGGACGUGCUGGAACUCCUGGAAAAAGGCAUCUACAGUGAUGUACACGCACUGUCGCUGAUGUACGCCGGCGAGAUGUGCUACUGGCUGGUGACGUACUCGAAGCGCUGGGACCGGCCGCUGCACAUGGCACACGCGUUACCCCUUGGCAAGCGGCUGCUACAAGACUACAUCAGCGCUGUCGAGGGUCCCCUGCAGGGCGCGGGCUGGAACUGCACCCGUGCCCGGCAGCUCCUGGCGCAACUGGGCGAGGAGGAGCAGUGCUGAAGUGCAGCCGGUGCCUGGUGAAGCCGAUGCAAAGUCAGACCAAAGACAAAGCCCGGACUGGGAGUGAGAUCAACGGACAUUCUUGCCGGGCGAAGGAGGAGCGAGAUCAAGUUAACCUUUUCUGUAUCGUUCCCGGACUUCUUACGAAAUUUCGCACUGUCAUCAGCGGGACCAUGAUGGAGAAAGUGUUCCAAUAGCUGGGAACAUUUGCUGCUUCGGGCACUAGCUAGCAGGCCUGUUUCGAUAGUACGAUCUAGCUAGCUAGCUGGCAAAGCUCCAGUCUUUUGUGUGAGCUAACCAUCAAAAAGCAGCCGACUGCAAUAGUUUAACCAUGACUGUCGAGCCCUUCCGACAGUUUAGCUGGAUCUUUAUUCUCUGUAUUAGCGCUCUUCACUCAUGCUCUGUUGUUUGUGUGUUUGAUAGACUGGUUUCAUGCCUUUUCAGGCAUUGCCCUGUUAUUUGUGCAUAUGAUCGACCUGUCAUGGCAAUGUCUCUUCGCUUUGAUGCAUCCGAAUAACCACCGUGGGCCAUGUUUGGAUUGAUUGCUUUUGGGGGCAUCACUUUGAGUGCAUGUUCAUUGGCUACCCAGCUGACACUAUGUCCGUCACUCUGACAAAGUGCUGCACCAGACGCAUCAUGCUAAUGUCAAAGUACCCUUAAAAGUGAGCAGUCAUGAAUACGGCCCACGAUUUUGUACAUAUUCAUACGUACUGACUUUACAAGCCAGGCAUGUACUGUCAGCAUAAAUUGAAACAUGACAGGAAAGAACUUGUCUGAAUGCCAGCCACGUACAGCUACACGGAAGUGCGAUGUGGAAUCGCUCUGUAGCACGUUGUAGUUUUGAACACGGGUUUUGCCCGAGUUGCUGUUCCACAUUCAGGCGAAGCUGGAUAUGCAACAACACAUCCUAAUCACUUUCAGCUAGUUUGUGUUUGAGUUUAUGCUGAUAGUGCUGGCAGAAACCAGCCGAGUGAAGUUGUUUCUUAGAUGACGUCCUAGCUCCCGAAUUCCCACCGCAGACUGCUUAUACUACAGUCAACGCUCGUUACAACAGACUGUAAUAAUCCAGCAGGAAAAGUUGUUAUAUCCGAGGUCAGUUCAAUCCAAAAUUACGGCCGUGGCGUGUUGAAACAUAUACCACUGUCUAAACUGAAGACGAUCGCAGAAACACAGAAAACGUCCAAAUGAAAGUAACGAAUAGAUAAACAGGUUUAUGCAGUAAUACAGUCAAACCUCAAUAUAACGAAGUUGUACAUGCAGUGAAAAACUUCGUUAUAUCGAGAAUUUUGUUAUAUCGAGGUUUCGUUAAUUUAGUAGAACUAAGAUGGGGAAAUAAAAAUAGUUUGUUACAUCGUGACUUUAAUCAAAUCAAGGUUCCUUAUAUCGAGGUUUGACUGUAGUAAAACCACAUUGCAAGGCACCUUGCUGUCCACCGUUUUUCGGUCUCUAGUUGCCGAAAUAUGGCAAUAGUGCCCAUGCUAUAGCAUAUUUAGACUCCUGUACAACAGAAAGAUUAAUGGCCGCCACAAUGGCAUCUUUGCUGGUGUGCAUGCAUCUUCAACACGCCACUGCACUGUAUGCGAGGCGGCUCGAUUGCACCAUGCACUUCACAGUCUGAACAGCGUAAAUAGCAGUCUUUUUUCUCUUUUGUGCAAAUUGGUGUGAUGAGAAAUGAAGCAUUCUCAGAAAGAUGCAUUUUGCGGUCGUCGGCGGUUGUUUUUAAAGAGCUGUACUGUGGCUUCGCAUAGCAGAUUAGGCAUGGCAACACUUUUGGCACUUUGGCGGUGUUGAUCCGAUUACGUGGUCAAACCGAAAGACUCUUCCUUAGCCAUGGCGCGUUGUGCGGAGCACCCAGUUGCGGGAAGCUUGCCGCUAGUGCACUGGUACUACAGUCAAACCUCGAUAUAACAAACCUCGAUUUAACGAAAUUCGCGAUGUAACAAACUUUCUUUAUUUCCCCAUCUCAGAUCUAUUGAAUUAACAAAGCCUCGAUAUAAUGAAAUUCUCUAUAUAACGAAGCUUUUCGGUGCAAGUACAACUUCGUUAUAUCGAGGUUUGACUGUAUACGAAAAAGUGCAGUUUUGCACGUUCCGCAAGUGGCCGGAAAUAGUUGCACGCAGUGCGCUGCCGCACGCACGCAUCGCCGCAGCAAAGCACGUUGUACGUAUUUACGCCAUCUGGAUAAAAUUUUACCAAAAAUUUAUCUGUUUUAGGCGAUGGUCCGUUAUAGCCGGGUGUUCUAAAACCUAAGUAGGUUGCAUGAAUAAUAUGGGCACACGAAUCUAAGUGAGAGGAAUGGCCUGUUAUAUUUAAAUGUUGUAUGCAGAUCCGUUGUAACAGGCGUGGACUGUAUGACAUUCCACGGUGUCUGGUGUUUUGGUAGCGAUAAAUGCAUUAAGUCGGGGAUUCCCAAACUACCUUGCCUCAGAAAAUUCAUGCCGUCAAAGAGUACAAAUGCAUCAUGGACCCUCAAUAGAUGGUUACAUUGUUAGUGAAAUGACUACACAGUGUUUUUUUUAGGUAGAAAUGAUGACUGUGGUGUGAAUCUAUUAUCUGUCUUCCUUAAAGCCUACCAUGUUUUUAUUUUUUGUAACUAUUCUGACCAAAAAAGGUAAUUUUGUUGUCCUCGAGGAUUUUUGAAACGUUUUGUUGAACAGUGGUGGAUGGUCAAUGGUUAGUAGUGUUAUGAAUUGAUGGAAGGCGUGCUCUGCUCAUGUAACCCAAAACACUGCAUUUGCAUGACAAGAUAACUUAUUUUAUGGAUAAUUACUAGCCUCAGAGAUAACUUGGCAUGCCAUUUCGGAACCGUGCACCAAAUAUGAAGCAAAUUUACAGCACCAACCCUGGCCUUGUGAACUAAAUUGUGACUGAGCUCUAAAUUGAGAGCAACUGAACUGUGCAGAAAAGCUAACUUCUUGAAGGCAGCAAGUGCCAAUCUGUGAACAGCAAGAGCCCAACUUGGCACGAUGAAGAAAAAUGCUCUGAUAGUGUAAUAAGUAACUGCAGCAAAAAAGGCUUACAAUAGUGAACCUUGAUCCAGUGGUCCAAACAACUGCAGCAAUAUGCAAAUUUGCAUCAAUGCAGCUUUGCUGGUGUGCAUGCAUCUGGUUCCUUGGUGAAUUGCACACCUGUUGGAAUGAUUCAGCACAACGCAGGCAGUCCUGUGCUGGCAUGCUAUGCUAAAACCUUAUUUUAACCCAAUGGUACGGCUGCGUUAUGUGCCAAUAGUUCGCAUUGUAAUCGUAAUAUAUUUUUCUGAGUCAUCACAGUUUGCUCCCUUUCUUUCAUUACAUUCACAUGCACACGGUACACUAGUAUCUAGUUUGGGAAUCCCUGAUGUAGUCUGUAGGUUGUAUUGUUACGUCCGUACUUUGCGUCCGUUGUGAAGUAUCAAACAAUGUGCGAUUCGCGUUGCAUUUGUAGUGAAGUCCAUCCAGUGAAUAGUCUUUCGAGUUCUGUCCGUGCCAAAAAGAAAAGGAAAACAUUUUUUUGACUUCUCUAUAGCAACGUUGAGCUGUUCUCUUCUGCUGAACAUCUGUGCCAGCAGAUGCCUCUUGGCAUGAAACUUUCUGAGUGAAACAUUUUUCAGACAAGUAUCACGGCGAAAUGGGCAACUGCACGUUCUGUGUCCACAUUUUAUUUCGGCACCGUUUCCCUGCCAGAACGACAUCGCCCCGAGCUGGCUCUCGUGUGCGCUGUUCCGUAGGGGAAUUUCAAACUUGCAUUCUAUAACUUUGCAUGUGCUUUUUCAACGUUUACAUUUUGGCCCUUGCCAGAUAAAUGUUUCAUCAAGCUCUGAUGCACUGCGUCAAGAUGGAUUCACAUGACUGACUGAUUCAGAAGUGUUAAGGGGCCUUGUGAAACUUCUUAAACAUCAGUGAAGCUGCUUGGUUUGUACACAAUGCUGUCAUAACAUUACACGUUAUGCUCAGAUGUUUAUUUAUUUGCCAGCAACAGCCAGCUUAUUUUUCUAUAAAUGACUGCUUGCUCUUUCCUUCAACUUUCUGAAAUCCUGGCUACUUUUUGUGUACAUAUAUUCCUAGCACGAUGACUAUUGGUCAGCUUUUGUAAGACAUCAUCCAGCGAUAACAUUCGAGAAUCUUCCAAUACGGAAAGGCAUGUCUUGCGCUGAGCGAUAUAUUUUAACAUCUCUUAGCCAGUGAAAGGCUGUCUCCGGAAAAGAUGCAUAAGUACGCGUGGCAAUAUUUUGGUGGACAGUCCACUGAUGUUUCACGAUGUCUAAGUCGCAAAUUUCUCUGCAAGCUCCUCUGUCAUGUGAAUCCACAUCUUGAAAUGCCUCUUUCAUUGUUUAACCGGGUGCCAAAAACCAAGAAUACUGUCUUUAUUUUUAUCCAUUUUCUUUUUAACAUUUGUCAAUGAUGCUGUUUUGUAUUGUUCCAGGAGUGACAGGUGUGGCCUAAAUUGGUCAUUAUAAUUGUACACAUGCAUGCAGUAAUUAGAAGCGUUAUGUGCGUGCAGGAAAGAGACUGCAUUGUGCUAAUUGGUUUGAACAGAGUUUCAUCUUUAGGUCAUGACCACAGUCAUCAGCAUUCAUAAAGCGUUUAAACUUGAACCAGUUGUGAAUUGUUUGUUUUCAGAACACCGAAUAAAUAAUAUGCAACAGAAUAUGCAACUAAUGAAUCCAUUCAGCCUGAAACCAGGACAAGGAAGGCUGCCGAGUAAAAUUUUUUUCGUUGCAAAUGCAAAGCAUGUACAAAAAAAAACCCCUGGAAACACUGGUCCAUCUCAAGCUAUCCUGACAGCAUUUUGUGUUAGGAAUACUGUAGGGAGUCUUUGCUGCUUUCUUUGAUUAAAAAGAAAUUCCAAA